AUGUUCUCUCCGUUUAGCAGACAACUGCUUUUCUACACUCAGCUUCGUCGCCUCCAAAGCACGUUGGUAAUAGCCGAGCAUAAUAAUGAAGCCUUAAUCGCUGCCACCCAAAACACUUUAUGUGCUGCAAAGAAAAUAGGAGGAGACAUCACUGUGCUGGUUGCUGGCACCAAAUGUGGCCCAGCUGCAGAAGCAGUUGCAAAAGCUAAUGGUGUUUCCAAAGUACUUGUAGCAGAGAGUGAUGCUUUUAAAGGAUUUACUUCAGAGUCCAUGACACCACUAAUAUUGGCAACUCAGAAGCAAUUUAACUUCACACAUAUUUUGGCACCUGCUACUGCAUUUGGCAAAGCCAUCCUACCUAGAGUUGCUGCUAAACUGGAUGUGUCACCUAUAACCGAUAUCAUUGGUAUUAAAGACCCUAACACAUUUGUUAGAACUAUUUAUGCAGGAAAUGCGAUACUGACAUUGGAAGCAAAAGAUGCAGUUAAAGUCAUCACAGUGCGGGGCACAGCAUUUGCUCCUGAGCCGUUAGAGGGAGGAUCUGCAGCACAGGAAAAUGCCCCAGAAGGCGAUUAUAAGACUGACUUGGUGGAGUUUGUUUCACAAGAGCUCACCAAAUCUGAUAGACCAGAACUCAGCAGUGCUAAGAACAUUGUUGCUGGUGGUCGUGGUUUGAAAUCUGGUGAUAAUUUCAAGCUGCUAUAUGACCUAGCUGACAAACUGAAUGCAGCAGUUGGUGCUAGUCGUGCAGCUGUGGAUGCUGGUUUUGUCCCUAACGAUCUGCAGAUAGGACAGACUGGCAAAAUUGUUGCACCUGAUCUCUACAUAGCGGUAGGCAUCAGUGGUGCCAUCCAACACUUGGCUGGCAUGAAGGACUCCAAGACCAUUGUUGCGAUAAACAAAGACCCUGAAGCACCUAUUUUCCAGGUGUCGGACGUAGGCCUGGUAGCAGAUCUGUUCAAGGCAGUACCAGAAUUAACCUCCAAAUUGUGA